CAUCACCCGAGAGAACUGCCAGUUUCUCCCGAGAUCCCAAGCGAGUCACACAGCAGUGAAGCAGAAAGUGAAUUUUCUGGAAUUCUCACUCAUUUCCUCACAAACAACAACCUCGCUUUUGUCGUGAAGUUUUCCUCUUUGGACACUGAAAAAUGGGGACGAUUGGAAGAAUUUUCCUGCUCCUCGCCUGCUCUCUGGUGCUCCUGGAUCAAUUCGCUCUGGCUGAGGAACUUCACGAUAUCGUGGAUGAGCUGUCGUCGGAUGAGAUGCUGGACAUCGACGAGGAGUUGCUGCGAACUCUCGAACAAGAUCUGCAUCUGAAAGACGUGGCGCGCGAGAACCAGCAAGCUGCCAGGGAGGCAGAACUCGCGGCUGGGAAUCCCGAUGCCCCGCCGCAGAUCUCAGAUCCCUGUGCCAAGGUGCACUGCGGCGCUGGCAGGAUCUGCCAGGCGGAGGGCCAGAGCGCGUCGUGCGUGUGUGUCCCCGAGUGCCCCGAAGAGGUGGACCCCAGGCGAAGGGUGUGCACCAACAAGAACGACACGUGGGCAUCGGAUUGCGAAGUGUAUCGCCAGCGGUGCCUCUGCGACACCCACGACACUGCCUGCAAGGGUCCAGAGUUCCGCCACAUCCACAUCGACUACUACGGCGAGUGCCGAGACAUGCCGGAGUGCACCGAGGAGGAGAUGAACGACUUCCCGCGCCGCAUGCGGGACUGGCUCUUCAACGUCAUGCGCGAUCUGGCUGAGCGCCAGGAACUCAGCCAGCACUACAUGAACAUGGAGCUGGAGGCGGAAUCCAACCACACCAAGCGCUGGGCGAACGCAGCCGUGUGGAAGUGGUGCGAUCUGGAUAGCUCCAACGAUCGCAGCGUCUCGCGCCACGAGCUGUUCCCCAUCCGGGCGCCGCUCAUGUCGCUGGAGCACUGCAUUGCGCCUUUCCUGGAGUCCUGCGAUCCCAACGGCGACCACAGGAUCUCGCUGGAGGAGUGGGGCCACUGCCUGGAGAUCGAGGAGGGCGAAAUGAUCGAGCAGUGCGCCGACAUAAACGAAGCCAAGCUCGCCAAUGCGGCCUAGAAAGAAGCCCAGCUUCGCCGCCAACCAAGUAGCCAAAGUGCACACGCUAACAAUGUAAUGUGGCAAUAAACCCUCGAUAUUAUUCCUUUC